AUGGCAACUCUCCCACGCGCGGCUGCAUUGCCGUCGCGGCUCUUCUCGUCUGCCCGGCUCAAUACCUCGCGCUGCCGGCACAUCCAUUCCUCACCCGUAAAGGCAGCAGUCGCACACCCAGCCACGGCCCAUGGCCCGCCUCCGAAAGCUCCGGCGCCAUCAUCAGAGUUCAAGAAACACCCAUCACCACCAGAAAAACCAGAGUCCGCACAACCAGCCGCGGAGACACCCAAUCCCGCGAAGCCUACCAGCGCGCUGAAAAAACGGUUCUGGAAGGAUGUCCACGUCCAUGGGAUGCCAGUUCUGCUUGACAAGCGCCCCGUACGAACGCCUACCAAAGAAGUUCUCUCCAUUCCUCCGACGAAGCCUCACCUUGCACACGCGGUCGCCCUCGAGUGGGAUGUGAUGACCUCUGCCCACCAGGCACUCAAAACCCAUCUCAUUCCCUUGACUUCCCUGUCUGCUCGUGCGGCCGACAUUGUGCGCGAAGAUGCUCAGGGCCACACCACCACCCGAGAGCAGAUCAUCAAGACGGCCAUGCGCUACCUCGAAACCGACACACUACUCUGCUGGGAGCCGGAGCGGGAACCCGGGGCGGCCCAUCUACUAGAGAAGCAGGAGACCGGGGAACGAAUUGAGAGUCUACGGGAGAUCCAGAUGCGGGUGGCCAAGGAGAUCAUGAGUUUCUUGUCUACGAAGGUGUGGCCGGGCUUGGAGAUCAAGCCCAUCCUCGAUAGCGACAGCAUUAUGCCCGUGUCGCAGCCGCGGGGGACCCAGGACAGCAUUCGCACCUGGAUCUCGGAACUCUCAGCGCAUGAUCUGGCCGCGCUGGAGCGAGGGAUCCUCGCGUCCAAGAGUCUGCUGAUCGCGGUCCGGCUCUUAGUGGAGUGGAGCGAGAAUUUUCGGGCGCUGCAGCGGGUUGAGAAGAAAUUCGGAAUCGAGGAGGCGGCCGAGGCAUCGAAUCUAGAGGUGAAAUGGCAGACGGACAUGUGGGGCGAAGUCGAGGAUACGCACGAUGUCGAUUGGGAGGAUCUGAAGCGGCAGCUGGGCAGCGUGGUGGUGCUGGUGAGCGGCGAGCGGCGAUAG